CUAAGCUUUCUAAAGUAAUUGUAAGCUUCUCCUGCAGAGGAGAAUAGAAGUCAUCAAACAAGGAUCUCAGAAAAUUGCUUAUCUCCCUAAUUUCUUCAUCUCCCUCUAAACUCUCUUCCAGAAUCCUUGCUCAAUUCUCUUCAUUUGUGAUCUCGGCUCUCUUAUCACGAAGACUUCUCCCGGCGGCACCGUCUUCACAUUUCUGCUCGUCAUUCUCAAGGAACCAAGGUAGAAGCUCACUCUCUGUGAACGAAACAUUUGCCUUUUGUUCGGAACGAAAUCUCACAAAUUGGUUCUAUGAUCUGCGCGAUUCGCGUCGUCUUCUCUCUGGAUCUGAAGUAAUUGAUUGCCAUUCGUUAGCUACUGUCUGCCAAUUUUUUAUGUUUGUCCUCUCUCUGGAACCCUUGAAUGAUUCAACUCCAUCCAAGUCUCGUCGUCCUUGUAAUUAGCACCAUUGAAGCGAUUCAUGGAAGGCAUUGUUGUAUUGGUUAAGAAACACAGCCAUUGAAGCGAUGCUAUCAUCAAGGUUUUCCUUUUUGGGGAUCGGCAGUUCCAGUGAAGUCAAUGACUCCGUGGGUGUUUCUGGAAGCAAGAUCAAACCAUCUCUAAGUGUUCAAACGGAUAAAGAUGUGUAUAGGCCUGGAGAUUCCAUUUUUGUAACUAUUGAGGUUGCUAAUUCUCAUGACAACGCCUCUAAUCCCUCCAUUUUGGUUGAAAAGCUUAGUUUUGAGGUUAAAGGUCUAGAGAAAUUGGACAUUCAGUGGUUUUCUACUCAAAAACCUUCACCAGGAAGCAAAGGACGAAGAGGUGAACACAUCUUCCUAGACAGUUCAACACCAUCUUUGAUUUCAAAUCAAAUCCUAUCCCCUGGUGCUAAGAUGACAUUAAUGGUUCGAGCUAUACUCCCACAGAUUAUACCACCUUCUUAUAAAGGUGCUACUUUACGUUACCUUUACUACAUUAAGAGCACAUUAUGCGGAAGAUGGAUGGCAUUAGAAAACAGUCAAUUUUACAAAGACUCAACACAAGAUUUCAUUGAAGUGGAGACUCGAAUACCAUUACAAGUAUGGGUAAUUCAGAAGAACAAUGGGCUGCUAUUAGAGGAAGAUCAAAUCGAUGGUAUUGUUCCAACCAGUACCAUUCAGACAGAAAUAUAUUGGAAAGAGAUGGAUGGGGACUCAGAAUGGACUAGAGCAAAUGACGCAUAUGAUAGUGGUGAGGAUGGAUAUGACAGUUCACGUGACGAGAUCUCAUCUGUUUCUUCCUAUCCCAACAAAAGCAAUUUAAACAGAACAUUUGGCAGUUCAUUGUCCUUGAAUUCUGGACCGCGAUUGUCAAUGAAAGACACGUCAUAUGUUGAAGAACGUGUGGGAUCAUCUCCAAAGAUGAUGCUUUCUCAGUUAUCAGCUGCCGUGGUGUCUUAUGAUUCCGGAACUGAUGUAUCUUCCCCUCAUAAAUCAUCAAAUUCUGUGGUCCCGAGCCAACAGCCCAAGCAAACAAAUGGUGCAGGAGCAUCUAUGUCGCCUGGAGCAGGAGCAAGAGAACCAGUUCCAUCAGAAGGAUUUACAAGAGGAAGAUCAUACAACAUUAGAAUGGAUGACCAAGUCCUUCUUAGGUUUUCCCCCAAGAAUGCCGAUUCUACUUAUUACUUCAGCGAUACUGUAAUUGGCUGUUUCAUCUCUUCUCACAUUCUUCUAAAACAUUGCCUGCAUCUGACAACUGUUUCCACGAAUGGUAAUUUUUUUUUGCAGAUAGGUGGAACUCUUACAUUCUUCCAUGAAGAAGGAACCAGAAGAUGCCUCGAGGUCUCGGUUACUCUAGAAACUUUAGAGACAAUAAACAGGAGAUUUGUUCAUCCAUCAAGGAGAAAUUCUCCAACACUUACUAAGGUCCAAAGCGAUCACCAUGAGGUGGUGGCAGACCUUAUUCAAACCAGCUUUCUAUUUUCAAUUCCGACGGAUGGUCCAAUGUCGUUUUCUACGCCCCGUGUUUCUGUGCAAUGGAUUCUUCGGUUUGAGUUCCUAACUACUCCUAAGAGUGUGGACUUAAGCAGGUACGAACAUCCAUUGUUAGUACCGGAAAGGGAAAAAAGCGAAUGGGUUCUUCCGAUUACUGUACAUGCACCGCCGCCUCGGACAUCAGGUGCUCAAAACCGUGGAGAUAAGCUUUUUGGUUUGGAGCCGUCUUGGAUUCGUAGCUAAAUUUGUUUUUGGUGAAAGAUACAGUUUCUGGUCUCUGUCUAGCUCACCUCAUGCAAUAAUUUGUUUUUCUUUUGAUCAUUUAAAAAUAACUUUUCAAGGGAAAUAUAUAUACCACAAACCUAUUUUGUUUAGUUUUUAAUUACUAGUUUAUUAGACUAUAGAGAGCAGAUUUAUUUUUCUUUUUGGUGUCCUAUGAUAAAAGAUCUUAAAUCUUUAAUCACAAACUGUUUCUUAUAUAAGCGUUACUUAAAUCA